AUAUUAUUAUUCUUCAUAAUUCUAAAUUUUUCCAUCUCUUCUCUCUCUCUCUCUCUCUCCCCCCUAUUUCCCUUAAAAAAAAAAGAAAAGAAAAGAAAAAAGAAACAAUGGAAAAUAAUAAUAAUAGUAAUAUAAGCAUGGUUGAAGCAAAACUUCCACCUGGAUUUAGGUUUCAUCCAAGAGAUGAAGAAUUGGUUUGUGAUUAUUUGAUGAAGAAAAUUGGGUCUGAUUCUUCUUCUUCUUCUUCUUCUUCCUCCUCUUCCUCUUCUUCUUCUUCUUCUCUAUUGAUUGAAGUUGACCUCAACAAGUGUGAGCCUUGGGAUAUUCCAAGAGAGGCAUGCGUGGGUGGAAAAGAGUGGUACUUCUUCAGCCAGAGGGACCGUAAGUACGCGACUGGGCUUAGAACAAACCGCGCCACAGCCUCUGGGUAUUGGAAGGCCACUGGCAAGGACAGGCCUGUCUUUCAUAAGGCUAAUCAACUCGUUGGGAUGAGGAAAACCCUUGUUUUCUACCAAGGAAGGGCCCCUAAAGGCCGGAAAACUGAGUGGGUUAUGCAUGAAUUUCGUCUUGAGGGUCCAUUUUCUCCUAUUACAGAUCCAUCUCCAAAGGAGGACUGGGUUCUGUGCAGAUUGUUCUGUAAACAAAAGGAAGUUACCCCUCAACCGAGCACUGGAAGCAGCAGCUGCUACAACGACAUCAUUGCAUCGUCGUCGUCUCUCCCAGCUUUAAUGGAUUCAUACAUCAGUUUUGACCAAAACCCAAGUAGUCAUUUAAAUGAGUAUGAGCAAGUGCCCUGCUUCUCCAUUUUCUCUCAAAACCAAACCAUCCCAACUCUCACAAGCCUCAUGCAAAUGGAGGCAAACACAGGCAAUAACAUCAAGAACUUUAGCACCAUGUUUGGAGGAGGAAUGCCAAAUUCAACCACUUGUUCUUCAAAUAUUGACCCUUUUGCUUGUGACUCUAAAGUACUUAAAGUUCUAAAUAAUAUUACUAAGAUGGAAACAAAUGGAAAUUCCUUCAUUGGGCAACCUAGCAUGGGAGAAGGCAGCUCUGAUAGCUACUUAUCCGAGGUCGGAGUCGGAGACGACAUUGCCAGCUUAUGGAACAGAUAACACGGAAGGAAAAAUGGAGAAAGGUAAAGUAAAAAGAAAGAAAAAAUGCCAGAAGAUUGCUGUAAAGAUAAAUGGUGAUUGAGAUUGAGAAGGAAUGCUGUAGUUUUUCUUCUCUUUAAUUUAUAAUCUUAAAAGAUUCCCAAUUGUAAAUUUUAUUGCAUAUGUGGGAAACUUUUUAAAGCCUAAUUCAUGGUUGAUGAAGUGUAACACUGAUCAUUUGUGAGUGCUCAUGGACUCCAUGUUUGAUUUUUCAUAGUUAAACCAAAAUGUUACUGUUAGAAACUUAAAAA